AUGGCUUCACCAGGGCAGAAGGCCUUAGAGGAGCUGAAGGAGUUUCAAAAGUUCUUAGAAACCCAGCAGAAGUUGAUGGGUGCAGCAGUGAUGGACCAGCAGGUCUCAGUCUGGCAAGCCAAGAUUGAACAGCUGUCCAUUGAUGCAUCCUUGGCCACAGAGUUCAUUGAAACCAUCAAGAUGGGGUGCUGGUCGGAUGCCCAGCAAAACAAGUUGGCCAUGGCUGUCAACACCAGCGUUCUCAAUGCAAGCUCUGGAACAAGCCAGAGGCGGUCUUUGCAAGAUGCUUCUGAUUUCUCUGGCCACUUUAGCGUCAAUGACCUGAAGGUGCUUGCCAACCCUCAGGUGCCAACACAGCACAAGCUCGAGCAGAUUGCAAUGCGCAUGAUGAGAGUCGGACUUCACCUUCCUUCCGAGCCAACCACGCGGCAUAUUUUGGCUGUUGCUACCAAGGCUGGGCUUCAACACAGCGCAAAUGAUCCCAAGGAACUUUUCACGCUCCACAGGGAGUUGAAGAGGGUCUUGAAAGCUCGGCUCAAAGGAGCGCCCAGAAGCAAUGAGCACUUGCUCAAAUACCCGGCAAACCCUCGAGAACUUCCCUCUUCACUGUUGGACAGGGCCUUUGACGCUGAUGAUCCACCGGGCCAGGUAGAUGUCAACUAUGCUGAUCUGGCUGCCCAAGCUUCUUCAAUCUCCUGUCGUAGUUUGAAUAGGCUUUUGGCGCUUGCCAACUCACAAGGCUCCAGCAGUUCUAGCGGCCAAGGUGGCUUUGGUGGGGUAGACCCACAAGCCAUGAUGAUGUUCCAGUUCAUGAACCGCAUGAUGGGCAUGAUGGGACAAUUUGGCGCCGGCCAACAAGGAGAUGCGCCUGCCCUGAACUUGCUCAAGCCGAACGCGGGCAGGAGACGGGCUAUUGCGGAUGGUGUUAGUGAGGCAAGCCCUCAAGGCACUCCGUCUAGCGCAAAGGAGAGUCCGGGGGAUAGUCCAGACAAUAAGAAGGAUUCACCUUCCCAACAUCGUUCAUCUCCACCCAACCAAGCACCAUUGCCUGAAGAGCUCAAGACACCCCCACCAAAAGCUUUGUCGCCGCCAGCUUUAUCGCCUACUGAACAGGUUGCAACCUUUCAGGCUGCAGGCAAGUCACUCGCUCGUGGAUAUGGUGGGGUGAUGCCUCCAAAGAAAGAGCUGAGUGAAGUGCUAACUUCCUCGCACAGCCACUCGUAUGUGAGCCAGAGUGGUUUGGCCGCUGUCCUCAAAUCCAUUAAGGAGAAUGGGUUGCCAAGCACUGCUAGCCGGUCUGGAAUCAAACGUGCUAGGGAUGCUGUUCUUCCUGCGUCAUUUUGGCUUGCUGAAGAAGUGGAGAUGGAAGAUGGGUUGAAGAAGCAAAUCCAGCUUUGUCAUCCAAUCCAAUUGCUCCAGUACAUGGUGGCGGAGGUCGAUGCCUUUGCUUCUUUUUUUGCUGAGAAAUUGAGGGCCCACCAGAACUCAGAGGACUCUCCCUGGUCAAUCUCGCUUUACAGCGACGAAAUCGUUCCAGGAAACGCACUAAAGCCUCGGAACGAUAGAAAACUGGUGGCCUGUUACUGGUCAUUUGGCCAAUUUGAUGGAGCAGUAGGACACGAAGAUGUUUGGCACCACAUUGUGGCAGUCCGGUCCUCAGUGGUCCGUAGUAUGAAGAGUGGCUGGAGCCAGCUCUUCAAGAUCACCUGUGGCGCCUUUUUCAAAGAGCCCUUGGACGUCUCGAAGGGAGUCGUUCUCAACAUCAAGGGCCAUGGAGUGCAUUUGUUCUUCGCAAAGGUCGGUUUGUUGGUGGGCGACGAGCCAUCGUUGAAAGGAUGUUGGAGCACCAAAGGAGCGUCUGGCUCCCUUCCCUGCAUGUUUUGCAAGAACGUGACAUUGGCUCAUUUGCAAAUUGCUCAGAACGAUGCGUCGCGAUACUUUGUAGCCCACACAGAAACCGACCUAUCCAAGAUCAUCUUUCAAGAUGACAAUUCUAUGUUGCAAUCUGUUCAAACAUUGGCUACUAGCUUUGGGCAGUGUUCCAAAGCCAGCUUUGCAAGAACUGAGCAGGCACUAGGUUUGCAGUAUGCGCCUGAAGGUGCGCUGUGGUGCAACGACCUGAUCAACAACCAGUUGGUUGCUGGCCCCACCAGCAUAACUCAGUACGACUUUAUGCACACAUAUUUCGUAUCCGGAAUCUGGAACACAGAGGCUGGGCUCUUGCUCCAAGCGGUCAAAGAUGUUGUUACAGUCGCAGAGGCAGAUCAGUUCUUGCAGCGGUUCACCUGGCCGCUUCACUGGAACUCGAGAGGGGUCACAGGCAAGAAAAGCUUGUACAAGUUUGUGGCAGAUGGGUCUGAGGAGAAGGUGCCCGAUGGAGUCUCCAGAGACCUUGAUCUUGCGAAAAGGUCUUACUUGGCAUUGGCCAGGGUGCUAGACCUAUUGAAACGGGAGAAUUGUCCUUCAGCUGCGUCUUCAUUGAGAGAUGCGGUGGGAUUGCACCUAAGGGCGAGGCUUUUGGCAUACGGCGAGUCGAACUUCCAGCCCAAGUGUCACUUUUCAAUUCAUUUAUCGUUCCUGUUACAAAGGCAUCGUCUACUCAGUUGUUGGACCCACGAACGCAAGCACAAAGAACUAAAACGCUACGCCAGUGAUUCUCACAAUGCCAACCUCAGCAAUUCCUUUGAAAAAGGACUUCUCAAGCAAGUUGUCUUGGCCCAAUUGAAUUCCCUGAAGGAUUUGUCUAUUGGGGAAUGUUGCAGGUUGCGCAGGGCUUCUGAUGCCCCUCCAUUGUUGAUUGAGCAUGUUCGGAGAUUCUUGGAUCUUUCACCUGUCGAGCCUUUAGUUGUUCGCGCUUCGCAAGAAGCAUUUCUGGAUGCGUCGGCGAGAUGCUUUGAAUCUGAAGGGUUAGAGCGUGUUGGAGAGGUGUGGCUCUUUGUGGAAGCUCGUGGUGAGCAACUGGUUUGUUGGAGUCCAUGGGUCACCUUGGGCAACAAUCGCUUUAACGUUGUGGAUGACCCUCAGCUCAUGAGGAUGCGAUGCAUCAAGAGGUGUUGCAUCUAUCAGAUCGAAGCACCAGGACUUGCCUUGGUGGUUCCUUGA